AUGGCAGUCGAGUGCAACGGCACCGGCGGUGAAUCAAUUUACGGCAGUUCAUUUGAAGAUGAAAAUUGCAAAAUUCAACAUGACCAACCUUAUCUUCUCUCGAUGGCUAAUCGAGGACCAAAUACCAAUUGUUCACAGUUCUUCAUAACGACAGCUGUAGCGUCACAUCUUGAUGGUAAACAUGUUGUUUUUGGCCAUGUUGUAUCUGGUCAAAAUGUUGUUCAUACUAUUGAAAAUCUCCCAGUUGAUCCGGCGACAUGUCGACCAUUGCAAGAUGUUAUCAUAUCACAUUGUGGUCAACUUGAACUGAAUACAAAAAGUACUAAAUCGAAAAAACGAAAAAUUUCUGCUGCUGAUGAAGGUGACAAUGAAAAUGUGGAAGAGACCGAUGAUGAUGGAAGCAGUUCAUCGUCAGAUACGGACGAGAAGAAGAAGAAAUCGAAACAUAGUAAAAAAGCUAAGAAGAAAGAAAAACAUCGACGAAAGAAAGAAGCCAAGCGUUCAUCGAAGAAAAGUGGCGAAGACGAAAAUAAUUUCGAAAAGAACACGAGUGAUAUAUCCGUACGAGAUACUAAUGUGAAUGUUGAUAAUGAUGAAGUUCAAAAUGUGUUAGAAUCAAAAACCAAUCGAUCGUCGUUAAACGAUGACGAGCGAAGUUCUCGAACAAACACUUAUCGUGCUUCGAAGAAAAUCGAUUCAAAUGGUCGUUCAGUGAAAGGACGUGGAGCAAUGAGAUACACAGGAAAAAGUCGUUCGAGAUCACGCACACCACCUCAUUGGCGUUCAGCUGCAGAAGAACGGAAACGUUUUGUUGAUAUGAAUGAAUCUCGCAAACAACAAUCGACUGACGAAACAAAUCCGAAUGAACCUGCAGAUUCAUCGUCGCAAACUUCAGAACAAGCGAAACGAAUGCGUUCUAUCAUUACAAAUGGUGAUACAAUGGAUAACGAAGCAACUACGACGACUACAAAUGACAAUUAUGAACAAUCGACACAAGAACCGAAUAAACGGUCACGUCGACAUGAACGACGACGUGAUGAUGACGACGAAAAUACUCUUAUGCAGACUCAAACAACAAUAGUACAAAGUAGCAUAGUUCGUGUUGAACCUAAACAACGGGAACCUCGCAAUGAGCCAAAGCGUCAUCGUUCUAUAAAUAACAAAUACGACGGCAAUGAAAUAUCAAAUCACGAUAAAAAUGUCCAAAACAAUUCAUCACCAUCGCACUCCAAACAUGCUCGUGAUGAGUCUUGUAGUGGUGGUGGUGGUCGUCGUCGGUCUAGUCCGCAAACUUCCUCGUCAUCGUCUUCAUCAUCAUCGUCGUCACCGUCGCCUCGACAUCGAUCAUCGCCAGUAAAACAAGAUACCCGGAAUGAUAUGAACAGUGGCUCCACAUCAUUCAAUACGGAUCGUACAGAGAAUGAUAAAGAAUGUAAUGAACGACAGAUCGAGACGCAGCGCAAAACUAUUCAAUCAAAUAACAUUCCACAAUCAAUAGUAACAGAUGCAGCACAAACUUCAAGUAAAUCGAAAUGGGAUGAUGAUGAUGAAGUGAGUGCCGACUCAUUGCAACAAAUCGAAACACAAUCGAAAUCGUCACGGAAAGAUAAAGCAACUAGUUCAAUAGUAAAUAAUUCUAUCGAAAGUCCAUCCAAUGCCGAGAAAUCAAGUGAUACGUCAAAAGCAAAGGAUAAGGAACGAGAUAAAUCCACUGAACGCAAUGAUCAAUCACCAGCAAAGAACAAAGAUUCUUCUACUCGAGAACGUCGACCAAGACAAACAUCCAGUCGUGAUCGUGAUCGCUAUCGUCGUGGUUCUAGUCGGGAACGACGUGAUCACUACUCAUCUUCUCGUAGUCGGUAUCGAGAUUACCGUGACAAAGACGAUUAUUACCGUCGACGACAUCAUGAUGAUCGAUAUGGUGGUAGUAGUAGUCGCCAUCGUCGACACUCACCACCAUCAUCAUCUCGCAACCGAUAUCAUGACAGAUAUAAAGGUCGAAGCCAUGAUUACUACGAUAGAGAUUCUCGACAGUAUGACGAUCGUGAUCGUUAUCGAUCGUCUCGUGAUGAGAAGACUCGUUCAUCUCAAUCGAAAGCAUCGGUGCGUACCAAAACUAGAAAGGAUACAUCUAGUUCCUCAAGUUCCAGUUCGUCAUCUGGUUCACGUUCAUCAUCUUCUUCGUCCUCUUCAUCAUCGUCGUCGUCAUCCUCAUCCUCAUCAUCCGGUUCAUCAUCUAGUAGUUCAUCGAAACCGGAAUCCCCAUCGGGUAUUCGUGAACGUAUUCCAACGCCGCCAAUACGUAAAAAAUUACCUACGCCACCUAAUCCGGACGAUGAAGUCGUUUUCGGGGCUUUACCCACUGUCAAGCCACGGGAGCCGCCUGAGCGUAAAGUGAUCAAAAUCGAGUUGGCUAAAGCUACGCCAUUGCCGCCCUCAGCACCACCUCCAUCUUGUCCAUCUCCACCUCCACCACCUCCUCCGCUUCCCGAAGUCGAAGAAGACGAGUUAUCAAACACAGCAUCGCAUCUACAAGAUCGUAUUGGGGAAUAUGAAGACAUGGAACUUGAUGAUUUAGAUGAGCCGGAACCGGCGUCCAAUGAUGAUUUCACUUCCUCGACAACUUUUUCGGAGCAACAGUCGUCACUUCCAUCCAUACCACCAACCUCACUUCAACAGACAGCAUCUAUUUCCGGGCUCUAUGAUGGUGUAGACGAAAGUAACGAGAGUAACAUUCCAUCAAGCACAACUCAAGAACAAAGUAACAAUGUGGUAACAGUUCAAUCAGCAGUAGUUUCAACGACUGAUACGAUCGUCGUAGAAAAAAAAUCAAAACGUCGAUCUGCAUCUCGUUCGUCAUCUUCAAGCUCAUCAUCUCAAAGUGACUCAAAUAGUUCGUCAACAUCGUCAUCCUCUUCGUCACGUUCGUCAGCAUCACGUGCAAAGAAAAAAAAGAAAUUGUCGGCUCAUAAUCAUCAUCCACAAAAUGGGAACAAUGCAUCCAGUUCUAAAUAUAAAUCCCGACGUCGUUAA